AUGGCAAAAGUUAAUUUGACGGUAGUGGCUUUGGCGGUCACGCUGCUCCUGUUGGCCGAGACGUUGGCCCAAAAUCCCAAGAAGAGACUGGUAGCUCCGAAGCCUCCCAAGGCUCAGUGCUGCGAUGAGGUGCGCUCUCUCAAAGUUCAGGUGGCCAAUCUGACCAGCAUCCUCGAGGAGAUGAGUCGCAAGCAGGAGACAGACUUGAUGAGUGUUGUGAGACAAAUAAUGGAGCUGGACAAGCAGAACCGGCAGCAGGAAGCCCGGGUCACGGAGGCAGAGAGCAAGUACUCAGAGAUCAACAACCGCGUGGAGAUCAUGCAGCUGCAAACCCUGCAGUCUGCUACUCAGACUUCAUCAGAUGCCAUAUACGACUGUGCAUCCCUGUACAGCAAGAACUACAAGAUCUCUGGCGAGUACAAACUGCCUAAAGAUGAGUUUCUGGGUACACCCGAGCUGAAUGUCUUCUGUGAUAUGGAGACAAAUGGAGGUGGUUGGACUGUGAUCCAAAGGCGCAAAGUCGGCCUGACUUCAUUCAACCGUGACUGGAAGCAGUACAAAAGUGGAUUUGGAUCCAUCCGCGGAGACUUCUGGCUGGGCAAUGACCACCUCUUCCGUCUAACAAGGCAGCCCAGUGUGCUCAGGAUCGAGAUGGAGGACUGGGAGGGAGAGUCGCGCUAUGCAGAGUAUGGCUUUUUCACUGUGAGUAAUGAGCUGAACAGCUACAAGCUCUUCCUCGCCAACUACAGUGGGAAUGCCGGAGACUCCCUGCGCUACCACAACAACACCAACUUCAGCACCAACAACAAGGACAACGACAAAUGUGUGGAUAACUGUGCGUCCCUGCGCAAAGGUGGUUACUGGUACAACUGCUGCACUGACUCAAACUUGAAUGGCGUUUUUUACCGCUACGGUCAGCACCUAACAAGGAACUCAGAUGGGAUCACUUGGUACGGCUGGCACGGCUCCAACUACUCCCUCAAGAAGGUGGAGAUGAAGGUCCGGCCAGUGGAUUUUCAACCAUAA